UGAAUUUACCUUAGAGUAGGUAUCGCUUACCGCAAGCUCUACUUUUUGAAUAGGAUACUAUAUAAACACUGUGGUCUCUAUGGCUUCCACUUCUACUUCGAUGGAUCGUAAAAUUUCUCGUAGUUGACAAAGAGGAAGGUAGCGCGGGAAAGGAAAGAAAACGCGUGAAAACGACGCCAUUUCCGAACCGAUCAUCGCCGACUAAGUUCUCUGAUUACAAGGUUGUGUUAAAGAACCUACUCGGCAAUCAUGAGUCACGCAGAUCCAGGUCCUUUAGCUGCCUAUAACAGCUUGCAAGACAAGCAUCUGGCUGGAUAUUUUUCAAACUCUCGUAUGAAGAAACACUUGCAAAAGUCAGGACUGGUAACCAGAAAGGGGAAGAUAAUUGAUGAGAAGACAUACAGACUUAACAUGGCCAAGAAGGAACACAGGAAGCAUGUGCGUGAUCUCCUAGCAACUGCUAUUGUGCACAAGACAUUGGAUAUGGAGAGGGUUCGUCAGUAUGAGAUAAGAAAGAGACUGGAUGAAAUAUACAAAGUUGAGUUGGUCAGAAGAGUGAAGGAGGGAAGAAAUAGAAAAGGUGAUGAGGAUAUUCUUCCUCUUCUUUCUCCUCGAGAGCGAACAGCGCGGCAAAUGGCUAAGGCACAACUGAGAGACAGGCCUUCCACAGCACCAGCUACAAUGACAGGCGGUGACGAAGAGGACCAAGGAGAUCUGAAACCUUCGGAGAUAUAUUAUGACAAUGAUACCCAGAAAAUAUACUACAGGGUUGAUUCAAAUCCAUCCGCCAUGAAUGGCUAUCUUAAAGAUGAGACAGAGGAACUUGGUCCAUCUCCAUACACCAGAGCAUAUCCUGCCACUUACCCAGCCCCAGCACCUCCCCCAACAGGAACACCACGGCGUUCCAGGACUGCUGGCUCUACAAGGAGAGGCGUAAAGCUUCAAAGGUAUCAUUUCUUGGCCAGAACUGAACCAGCAGUUGCCCGCAGAGUACAGCUUCAAUCCUUGGCAGAAGUGACAAUGAAGUUUGUUGGUCCCAGUCUGGUGCUCACCAACAGCAUGUUUCCAGAAGACAGAUUAUCGGAAGUAAUGGUUCUGCAGCAGCACUGUGGAGGAAGCACUUUGUGUGUUUUCAGAGAACUGUUGCCUCCAAACACGAUUUUUACGUUCAUCUCACGGCGUCACAGGGGUUCUCCCUUUGGUUUGACAUUUUACAUUGAUGGUAUGCAAGAUAUUCGACUCAGCUGUUGUUGUGAAUACAAACACAAACCUGGUCAUGUCUUGGGUGGUAGAAAUGGUCAUUUUCAGUUUGUUGUUGUUGAGGGAGCUGCACCCUGUUACAGAUGUCAAGUUGCAUCAGCUCACAGAUAUUCCAAGAAACAUAAGUCUAUUGAUGAAGCCGACAGAUCUAAAACUUUUAUGACUGAGACAGCUAAUGAUCAGGAAGAGGAAGAACAAGGAGAGACAUUUGAUGUGAUAAUAACUAAGCUAAAACCUGAAUCAGAUGGUGAUCAAGUGGAUGGAGACGAGGAAAAAGACGAAGGUGAAAUGGUAGACAGUAGUACCCAGACCCCUCGUGAUGAGAAUAACGCUAAGGACAAAGAAGAAUUGACAGUUGAAGAUGAGGAGAACACUAAAGAGAAUAAUCCAGAUGAAGGUGGUGGCGAAGGUGAAGAAUCAGGAGCUGAUAAAUAUGAGGAUGAUGAGUUCGAAGAAUCCCCGGAUAAGGAAGAAGACAACAAGGAAGAAAGUGACGCGAAACAAGAUACAGAUAAAGAUGAAAAAGAUGAUAAAGAUGGUAAAGAUGACGAGGAAUAUAAUGAAGACUUCGAGUCGGAUGGAGAGAAAGAGAAAAGCAAGUCUGAAAGUGAGGGUGAAGAGGAUGAAGACAGUGAAAAAGAAGAUGAUGAACCUGAUGAUAUUCCAGAUGAAACAGAGGAAAAACAGGCAACUGACACUGGAAAACAAGAGGAUGAUGCUGAAGAGAUUGAGGAUGAAACAGAUAAGGAAAACAAUCACGAUGCUGAACGCCCAGCGAGUCCAGCAGACUCUGAAGGAAGACAGAGCAAAAAUGUUUCGUUUGAUGAGGAUGUCACUGUUAUUGAAGGUGACCAAGAUGGAGAGAGAGGCGAGGAAGGUGAAGAGACUCCAGACGAAGUACCAGACGACGAAGAAACGCCAAACAAGCAGGGUCCAAGUACAAGUAUUGCUGAGCAGGAUGACGAGGAGGCUGAAGACGUCCCUGAGUCCCUGGAUCACGGACGGGAGAACGGAGUCACUAACCCAGCUGAGCAGGAGCAUCAAGAGGAUGACCAACCUGACAGGAAUGAUACUGUGAAGUCUCCAGAGCUUAGUGACAGCAGCAGCAGCAGCAGUAGUAGUAGCAGUAGCAGUAGUGAAAGCAGCGACAGCGAGGAUGAAGGAAAACAAGAGCGAGAUUCCAAAAAGAAUGGGAAACUGAAGUCAGAACCUGGUCAAGAUCCCGGAAGUGAUCCAGACUUAGUCUCAUCUGGUCAGUUACCGGAUCAGGCUUUGAAGGCAGUGGGCGUGCAGCCUGGUGCUAAGCACCAGGGUUCAGUCCGUUCUUUGCUGGAAGGGAAAGAGGAUGUUGACAUCGCUGGCGUUGAACUUGCCAAAGAACAGGUUGAAGAGCUCGCAAGUAUCAUCGACUCACGAGAGGAGCUUGGAUCAAUUAUUCUCAGAAAUGCUGCGUUAGAUGACAAUAUGCUAGAAAUACUGACUCCUUCUCUGAAGAAUAGGCUCGAUUUAAAGAUGCUGAACCUAAGUGUGAAUACUUUCGGACCAGAAGGUGCGAAACAAUUGGCUGAAGUUAUCAGAGAGAACAAUUCAAUUAAGAUGCUACUGUUACAUGGAAAUAAGUUAAACGAUGAUGGAGUUGGGAUACUAGUCGACGCUAUUUUAGAAACCACAGGCACGGCAAUAAUGAACCUGGACAUAGGAGACUGUGGCAUCACGCAAGAUGGCGCCGAACAUAUCGCCAAACUGAUCGAGCAUAACCAGACGGUCUCGAUACUAACGAUCAGCGGUAACAGCAUUGACUUGGAGGGUUGGAAGAGUAUUAGCAAGGCCUUGACCACAAACAGCACUUUGGAAACAAUUUCUCUAGACUUCAAUAAUUUAGGUGACGAGGAAGCUGUUGUCUUGGCUGACGGUAUACGAGGAUGUAAAAGCCUCAGUUACAUUGACAUGGAGGGGAACAAAAUUGGUGACGAAGGAGCGCUAAAGCUUUUUGAAGCAGCAAAAGCCAAUAAGUCAGUUGUCGACCUUACGCUCCUGCCAAUGAAUCAGAUAUCAAAAGAAAUAUCUGAUGAAGUGAAGCAGUUCCUGACGGAAAGAGAAAACGAACGAAAGAAUAAUGCACAUCGGAAGGAAGAUGGUAAUGAACAACCUGUUGUGGCCGAAGGAGAAGAUAAACAUGAACGCGAAGAGAGUACACAGGAACGUGAAGGAGAGAAUGAACGAGAACGCGAAGAGAGUGCACAGGAACGUGAAGGAGAGAAUGAACGAGAACGUGAAGGUGAGGGAGACAAACGAGAAGACGAGGAAGACGAAAAAGGAGGCGAAGGAGACAAAGAUGAGGGCGUGGAAGAGAAAGACAAAACAGACGGCGAGGAGGAAAAACAAAAGGGCGAGGAGGAGCAAGCUGAGUCGGGUGAAAUACACGCGGAACAAGGAGAAGGAGAGAACCACGACAAAGGAGAACAACAACCAGGUGGAGAUGAACUUGAAGAAAGUGAUCAUUCUGCUCCUGAAGUUGAGGAGGCGGCAGGCAAAGGGAAUCCUGAGGAACCAGAGUCUGCUGCACCUGAAGAGGAGGCUGACCAACCGUCAGGUGAAUUCCCUGCUGGAGAACAUGAUAUAACGAAGGAGAAUGAUAAUGAGCAACAGAAUGAGCCUGGAGAAAGUUCUGUAAAGGAAACGUCGCGGGAAGAUCCCCCAGAACAGGAACCACCUGAGGGAGAGAAAGACGACCCUACCCCUCAAGAUCCAAGAGAAUCACUCGAUCACAGUACGAAUGACGAGGAGACGCCCAAGGAAGACUCGUCCACCGAGCGAAAUGGCAAAGAUCAGGAAGAAUCGGGGAAAGAUAACGAAGAAGAUAAAAGACCAGCUGCAGAUUCUGUGUAGAGUUUUUACUCGUAUGCAUAGCAGAGGAAAAUUCAUCUGACGUCAACGUGCAACUCGUGUCCGUCCUGAGCCAUUCGUGCUCCGCAUUUAUGUUGUCUUGUCUCUGCGAUGUCUGUCGACCUUCGCACAUUUUUAUUUUAAAGGCUUCACCAAUGUGUCCAUCAUUUUUCAGUUGUCAAACAAAACGACCCCAAAGAACGCGAUUAAGCUCCAUUUACUUACAUUUUCAUUUUUAGUAUAAACAAAUAAGCUUAUAAUGUAAGUUUAGGUGUAGAUUGGGCCAUUGUUUUUAGUUUUAUUUACUUUGUUGAGAGUUUAUUCCCUUCCCCCUCCCCUCACCCGUUCAUAUUGUUAAUGAUCAUUAAUGAUUCACAAUCAAUUACCUUAAGACUGUCGUAUGACGAACCGUAGGACAGUGAAAUAAUUUAAGUGCGGCUCUUUCGUGCUUGGGUAGAAAAGUCUACAGUUAAUUGGGCUGAAAAGAAUCCCGUUGGUGUGAUGAUGAUAUUUUAUAGACAAUAUCAAUUUAAAAUGUAAAUGUUUUUUGGAAGAUGUCACAUAAUAUUUUUUAUAAGUGAUUAGUGACAAAGGUUUAGGAGAGUCAAAGGAUCAAAGUAUAAUCAGUGUCAGACUGUUAUCUCAGUGGCUUUCCAGUCCUUAUACGAAAAGGAAACAAACCAACAAAUUGUACAUAAAACAUUUCAAUUAACUUGAUCCGACGCUUACACGAGAGUACACAACUGUUACGUCAAUACUCACCGAGUGCACGCUUCAUGUCAACAGCACAUCGAUAAACUCUCACUCGGACUCUGAGCUUAGAGAGAGUUUGUCACUAUACUGGAGAUUUUCGAAUGCGAUGGUUGUAAAAAUUGAAAAUUCUUAAAUUGCGUUGUAAAUAUUGUUAUUUAACAAGAAGUCAGACGAGCGCCUUAGCUCACAAAUAAAGCAGUUUGUUUUUUUACAA